UUGGCUCGCAGCCUCUCCGUCACCUCCCUGACUGGGCUGGAGGACUGGGAGGAUGAGGUUGACUUGGAGAACGUGGUCCUCUUCGAAGUGGCCUGGGAGGUGGCCAACAAAGCUUCAUCUCAGUGGUGGAUGAGUUGGACCUGUAUAACUAUCCCCCAGCAUGCUGCACCCCAGUAGCAGCCACAUCUCUGCACUGGUGGGUGGCAUCUACACGGUGAUCCAGACGAAGGCCAAGAUCACGUCAGAUGAGUGGGGCGAGAACUACUUCCUCAUCGGGCCCUACUUGGAGCAGAACGUCCGCACCCAGGUGGAGCUCCUUGACCCGCCCAACCCAGCCAUGCGGCGCACCAUCGAAUCCAUGAACUCCAAGGGCUGCAAGGUGUACUUCGGGCGCUGGCUCAUUGAGGGGGGCCCCUACGUGGUGCUUCUGGACAUCACAGCUACGGCCUGGAGCCUGGACCGCUGGAAGACAGAGCUAUGGGACAGCUGCACCAUCGGGGUGCCCUGGUACGACCGUGAGGCCAACGACGCUGUCCUCUUCGGCUUCCUCACCGCCUGGUUCCUGGGGGAGUUCACAGCUCAGUGUGAGGAGAAGCCAUUUAUCAUCGGGCACUUCCACGAGUGGCUGUCCGGAGUCGGGCUCUUCCUGUGCCGCAUCCGCAAGCUGCCUGUGGCCACCAUCUUCACCACCCACGCCACACUGCUGGGCCGCUACCUCUGUGCUGGCAGUGUGGACUUUUACAACAACCUGCAGACUUUUAACGUGGACAAAGAGGCUGGUGACCGGCAGAUUUACCACCGCUAUUGUAUGGAGCGUGCUGCCAUCCACUGUACCCAUGUCUUCACCACCGUGUCCCAGAUCACAGCUGUGGAAGCUGAGCACCUGCUCAAGAGGAAACCAGACCUGGUGACCCCCAAUGGCUUAAACGUGAAGAAAUUCUCAGCCAUGCACGAGUUCCAGAACUUGCACGCCCAGAGCAAAGCCCGCAUCCAGGAGUUUGUCCGGGGGCAUUUCUAUGGACACUUGGACUUCAACCUUGAUAAAACCCUCUUCUUCUUCAUUGCUGGGCGCUAUGAGUUCUCCAACAAGGGGGCUGACAUCUUCCUGGAGGCUUUGGCCCGCCUCAACUACCUGCUGCGGGUGAAUGGCAGCGAGAGCACAGUGGUGGCCUUCUUUAUCAUGCCAGCGCGGACCAACAAUUUCAAUGUGGAGACCCUCAAGGGGCAGGCUGUGCGCAAGCAGCUCUGGGACACAGCAAACGCUGUGAAGGAGAAAUUUGGGAAGAAGCUCUAUGAGUCUCUCUUAGUAGGGAACCUCCCAGACAUGAACAAGAUGCUGGACAAGGAGGAUUUCACUAUGAUGAAAAGGGCCAUUUUUGCCACACAGCGUCACUCCUUCCCCCCCAUAUGCACUCACAAUAUGCUGGACGACUCCACGGACCCCAUCCUGAACACGAUCCGGCGCAUUGGGCUCUUCAACAGCAGUGCCGACCGUGUCAAGGUCAUCUUCCACCCUGAGUUCCUCUCCUCCACCAGUCCUCUGCUACCUGUGGACUAUGAAGAGUUUGUCCGUGGGUGUCACUUAGGUGUCUUCCCCUCCUACUAUGAGCCCUGGGGAUACACACCAGCUGAGUGUACUGUCAUGGGGAUCCCCAGUAUCUCCACCAACCUCUCAGGAUUUGGCUGCUUCAUGGAAGAGCACAUUGCAGACCCCUCUGCAUAUGGGAUCUAUAUCCUGGAUCGGCGGUUCCGCUCACUGGAUGACUCAUGCACCCAGCUGACCUCCUUCCUGUACAGCUUCUGCCAGCAGAGCCGACGCCAGCGCAUCAUCCAGCGCAACCGCACCGAGCGCCUCUCCGACUUGCUCGACUGGAAGUACCUGGGCCGGGUCUGUACCAGGAGGGCAGGGUGGGCUAGGGUUUGGGGGUGGUGAAGGGGAUGACUAGUAGGAGGAGCUGGGUCAGGUGAGUUCUGGAGGGGAUGAAUCUAAACCAGGUGGGGGGGGCAGUGGGGUGAGAAGUUGAAGUACUGGGAGGCAGCAGGCUGGGAGCUGGGCAAGGGAGAGGCCAAGCUGGGGGAUUUAAUUAGGGCAGGUUAUGGGAGUAGGACUGGAGCUGCUCCCUCCAAAUUAACCUCCCCCUCGCCCCCCAAUUUGCAUGAGACCUCAACACCCCAGCCUUGUCCACACCGUUCCAGGAGUGACCCCAUUACUUACCUGACUCCCAUCUCCUCUCUCCAGGGUGUUUGGACCAGCCUCCUUCUC